AUGCACGUUCCGCCGCCGCCCGCCACCCGCGACCCCGACGCAGACCCCGCCUGGACGCUGAGGUUCAGCCCGACGCCGCCCAAGUCUGCAGACGCACCGCGCGCUCCCGGCUCCCCGACGGCGUUCUCCACGGUUGCCGCCGCGCCCGGCCGCCCCGAGGACCACGCGCCUUUCCGCGCCGCGGCAUCCCCGCCGCCGCCGGCCCUAGACCCCGCCCGGGAGGACCCCGACUCUCCGUCCGGCCGCCCCGAAAACCACGCGCCCCCGCAGUCCGCGCCCCCGUCGCUGAACGCCGCCCUUCUGCAGACCCUGGGGCACCUGGGCGACAUCGUGGCCAUCUUGGGUCCUCUGCGCGACCAGCUGCUGACCCUGAACCAGCACGUGGAGCAGCUGCGCGGCUCCUUCGACCAGACCGUGUCCCUGGCCGUCGGCUUCAUCUUAGGCAGCGCCGCCGCCGAGCGAGGCGUCCUGGCCGACCCGCGAGAUUGAGGCCUGGCUGCCCCGAUCCUUUCUGUACGAUGAUCACGCUCCCUCCGCCCUGACCCCAUCCUGCGGCCCUCCCCUACUCCAAGUCUAGGUAUGUUCAAUAAAAAGAUUGUUUUUUUCCG